AUGUUGGAAGGACUUACUGAUCUUGGUGGAGGAGACAGCUUUGCUGGUACCUCAUCAUCUGUGGUAGCUGGGGAUAAUAAAGAACCUGCUGAUAAUAGUUACAGACAACCUUAUAACCAAAGUAGUGUUGCACAAGAAGGUUCAAUACAAAAACUGGCUACUUUUGGAAGUGGGAGUACCAGUGGACUAACAAGUAGUUCACAGCCAGUGCCCAACACAGGAUCUGGGCCUCCAGCCCCUGAUUACCACGAUUACGGUAGUUAUCCUCCUCGUCCACGCCUUCCUCAACCGCCUCAUGCUCCUCUACAUCCACCACACCAUGUACAUCCUUCACAUUCUUAUCCAGGCUAUCAUCCUGGCCCAGAUCCCAUGUUCACUAUGCCGGAACAAACAGGGAUUGGAGAAAUGGGAGUGUGGUCAAGUGCCCCUGGUGCUAACAGAUAUUCACCUAUUACCCCAGGCUACAGACAUUCAUAUGAUCACCAACAAAAAAUGCAUCAGUACCCUCCACAACAGAAUGCCGGUAUCAGCUUACAAACACAAAAUGGGGCAUAUAUUCCAAGACAGCCUCACUUCCCACAGCCUUCAUCACAGCAAAUUUAUGGACAGCAACAGAAUUACCCUAAUUAUGCGCAGAUGCACCCGCCAACUGCAACAAGAAUUGGGCAACACUCUUCAUACCAUCAACAAAUGGAUGUAAAUGCUCAUCAGUAUGGAUUAUCACAUGGCCAACAGAAUCAUCCUACUAUACCCCAACACCAGUCUCAUCAAAAUAUGGCAAGUCACACUGGUGGCAUUACUUCUGCAAUUCAAGGUCAUCCAAAUGCUCAUCUACAUCACCCUGGUGGUCAGCCGUUGCAUCAUGUACCGCGUCAACCUCUAGCGCCGUCUUCUUCUGUUGGACCCUCACAUGUUGUCCCAUCACAAAUACCUUAUGCUUCACCGCAUCAUACUGUUCCAAUGAAUUAUCAACCUCAUCAAGUUCAACAUCCUCUUGAUGUUAAUGUAUCAAAUCAGUACAAUCCUAUAAAACCAGUUGGUAUCGAAACUGGGAGUCCUCAGUAUCGCCCUCCCUUUUCGCAAUUGUCUCCUCAGAUGUCACCACGAGCUCAGGUAUCUCCGAGACAACAAUCUCAACCCCAAUUAUCUCCACGUCCAGUCAUGUCACCCGUUAAAGGACCCAGUGCCUCACCGCAUGGACCACGUAAUAUAGUUCAACCACCUGUUUCAUCCGGUGCUCCACCGGUUUCUGGUUCAUUCAAUUCACAAAAUACUUUGCAAGCCUUAGAACAAAUGGUAUUGCCUUCUGGUGGAGAAUAUCCUUAUCCAAGAAACCCUUCGUCACCAGCAGUUGGACAUAUUUCUUCGUCACCUUCACAGUGGAAUCAAAAUAAGAUGACAGCUCCAAUAAAUAAUGUGCAAAUGGAAGGCGAACAAUCUAUAAAUUCUCUAGAAUCCAUAACACCAGCAAAUAAUUUAAAAUCUGAUUUAGUAAAAAAUUCGUCUCUGAUUAUGAAUACAGAACAAAAAACGAUAGAUAGACCACCAUCAGAAAAGGAAAGACAGUCGGAUAAUUUAAACACCUCGCAUACAUAUAUUCCACCUUCAAGUAUAACCAACGUUUCUAACGACAAUGUAUCCUUAAGUAUUGCAAAUAAUGCUACAAUGACAUCCAGUUCUAUAACCCCUUGUACUUCUGUCGAUAAUAUGGAGCAAAAUGAAAAUUUAGUUCAAGGGCGACAACCGAUUGAAGUUGUUUUUGAACCUGUAAGAAAUCCCAAAGAAAACGAAAAGACUGAUAUGCAAAGAGACGUUGCGGGUAACAGUGAGCAAAAACACGAAAAUGACAUUCAGACAGUAGAAACUUCCAAUAAGCAAAUUAGUAAUGAACUUCUAAGAAAUCCUGUUACAUCGUUACCACCCUCUUCUGUGUCACAUCUAAAUACUGCGGAAAAUCCACAAGCAAGCAGUCCGCAAACAGUUAAUUUGCCUGUGAGCCAUGUACCGAUUAACAACACAACAAAUACUGCUAUUCAGUUCGAUUCACCGGUUAUUAAUGAGACUAGAAAUCAAGGAUAUCAAAAUAAUACUUAUCAAAGUGUUACGCCAAACAUUCAGAAUAUGAUGCACCAACCUAUUUCAGCUAACUUAGUUUCAAGCGCAUCAACAAGCAUGCAUAGUAAUCAGACUCUUAAUGUGACUUCUACUUUUCAAAGCGGGCCUCCAACUGGUACCCAAACAAUUACUAAUGGACAAAUUAAUGAUUCGCCUACACAUGCGAUGCAUGGAAAUAUUAUGAACACCGUGUCUUCGAGUAUACCAGGUCACAAUACGCAAGGUAAUUUAACUUGCAUACCGCCUACAUCUGUCACUAUGAUAGGAAAUAUACAAUCUACUAUACCUAACUCCUCUACCAAUUUAUCCAAUGUUCAGACAAAUGCUCCUACCAAUAUUCCAAAUAUCCAAGUAGGACUACCAAUGAGUGUUCAAAGUGUUCAUCCAAGUUUGGGCCCAAACCAACCAAAUAAUCAACCUAACAUUAUGUCUAAUGUAUCUCACAAUAUGAAUCCAAAUAUGAUAAUUAUGGGAUCGAAUAGUUUGUCUCAUUCUAAUAUCCCAAAUAUGUUGACUGCGUCUCAUCAUCAAGAAAGAAUAGCUUUACAACAACAAAUACAGGAGAUAUAUUGUUUACCACCUUCUAAUGAAAACCAAGAAAAAGUUAGGUGUCUUCAAGAAAGGCUGGCGAUGCUUCAACAACAUGAAUCUAAUGACAAAUGUAAUGGUGGCCCAAAUUGCAUUUUACAAAAUCCUAUAUAUGGCACAAAAAUGGUUGAAAGUCCUCAAGUCACUAGCACCACAGGUCGUGGACGAGGUAAAGGACCAGCGAAACCUAGAAAACCACGAGCAAAGAAAGAAAAAGUGGUACCUACAUUACAAUCUCUUGACCAACUACCUGUAUCUGAAGAUUGCGUGACAGCAGGUACAGGACUGCAAAGUAAUUCAGAAUUAGAUACUGAAUUAACUGAAGAUAUUUCUAUUUUAGAUAGUAGUGCACUUUCUACAGAUGACCUGAAUUGUGGAAAGGUUAAAAAACCACGGGCACCGCGAAAAUAUAAAGAAAGAAAACCACGUGUACCAAAGGAACCAAAAAUUCCAAAAGAACCUGGAGAUAAACCCGUCAAAGAACGAAAGAAGCGUGAACCUAAGGAUCCUAAUGCACCGAAAAGAAAAAGAAACGUUAAGAAAGCAGCACCCGAAAUUCAGGCAGACACUACAACCAGUAACGAUUUACUGGAAAAAGAUGCUUCAUUUAUUAGUUUAAGUGAUUUUUCUGCUAAUAAUACCUCUAUCAAUAUCGAUCCCGUAAAAAAUAUAAAAAUUGGCUCCGAAACGCCAUCAUUAAAUGAUAGUAAUGUUACUGACUUUGAUGAUAUUCCAGUUUCUAAAAUAGCGAUCAAAGAUUUGCUUGAAGAAGCAGAAGCGAAAAGAGAACAAAUUGAUAAAGAUGAUGACGUAGAUCAUAUCAGUCAAAAGAAAAGACCGUCUAAGAAAAGAUCAUCUGGUGGAGGAAACUGCAAGAAAGUUUUAUCAAAAAAAACUCCUGCCGGGAAAAGAAAGAAGCGAGCUGGGUUAAUACCAGAUUCAGAUGGAGAGCCUGAUGAUUUAAUUACCACGCCACCUCCUUCACCUCCCCCCGAAGGUGACGAUAGUUUAAAGAGGCGUUCUGCUAGGAAUACGCAGCGUAAAAAAUAUACUGAUGACGUUAUAUUGCGUUUAUCAGAUGAUGAAUUUACGAUGUCAACUCCCAAACAGGACAAAGAGUUAGAAGAAUUAAAUGUAGAAACCAAAGACUUUCAACUUCCCGAGAACACACCAAAACCAAACUAUAUAUAUGUUAAUACUACAGAAGAAGAUGCAAUGAUUGUUCAGCAUGUUUUGGCAUGUCGUAUGGGGAAAAGAGAACUUAAACCUGAACCUGAACAGCCAAAAGUAGAAAAAACUGAAUCCUUAGAAACGGAACAUGCAGUUAAAACUUCCAAAGACUUAAAAGAUAUUAUUCCUGGAUCAAGUGGUAACUGUAAUAACGAAGAAGAUAAAUCUAAAAGUAUUGAACAAGCUGAAGUGAAAGAUAAUAAAGAAGUUAAAACUUUAGUAGAAAGUGAUAAUAAAGAGACGAAAAAUAAAAAGCCUUUGAUGAUAGACGUUGAAGAGUAUUUUGUAAAAUAUCGAAAUUUUUCGUAUUUACACUGUGAAUGGAAAACCGAAGAAGAGCUGUACAAAGGUGACAAACGAAUAUUUUCAAAAAUAAAACGUUUUAAACAGAAACAAGCUCAGCAAUUGAAUAUUUUUGAACUACUAGAUGAUGAACCAUUUAAUCCUGAUUAUGUAGAAGUGGAAAGAAUUCUGGAUAUGUCUGAAAAUCAAGAUCCAGGAAACAAUACUGUGGUUAAACAUUAUUUAGUUAAAUGGAAAAGCUUACAAUAUGAAGACUGUACGUGGGAGUUAGAAGAGGAUAUUGAUGUUGACAAAAUUCAACAAUUUAAGACUUUCAGUGAAAUACCACCAAAAGAAAAAUGGAAGUUCAAAAAGAGACCAUCUGCUGAUAAUUGGGUUCAGUUAAAAGAAUCGCCACUUUAUAAAGGCGGUAAUACGUUGCGACCUUAUCAGCUUGAAGGUCUGAAUUGGUUAUUAUUCUCAUGGCAUAAUAAUAGAAAUUGUAUCUUGGCAGAUGAAAUGGGUCUCGGCAAAACAAUACAGAGUCUUACAUUUGUUAAUUCAGCUUGGGAAUAUGGUAUAAGAGGUCCAUUUCUUAUAAUUGCUCCACUAUCCACUAUACCAAACUGGCAAAGAGAAUUUGAAGCUUGGACUGAUAUGAAUGUUAUUGUGUAUCAUGGAUCUCAGCAAAGUAAAAGUAUGAUUCAAGAAUACGAAUUUUACUAUAAAGGUGCAAAGGGUGAACCAAUAAAAGAUAUAACAAAAUUUAAUGUUUUGAUAACAACUUUCGAAAUCAUAGUAACAGACUUUCAAGAGUUGAAAUCCUUUAACUGGCGCAUAUGUGUCAUAGAUGAAGCUCAUAGGCUUAAAAAUCGAAAUUGUAAAUUAUUAGAAGGAUUAAGACAGUUACAUUUAGAACACAGAGUUCUUUUGUCUGGUACACCUUUACAAAAUAAUGUGAAUGAACUUUUUUCUUUACUUAAUUUUUUGGAACCUUCCCAAUUUUCUAGUAGUGAUGCAUUCUUGAAUGAAUUUGGUCAGUUGAAAACAGAGUCAGAAGUUGUAAAGUUACAAGCUUUACUAAAACCAAUGAUGUUACGAAGGCUAAAGGAAGAUGUUGAAAAAACUCUAGCACCGAAAGAAGAAACCAUUAUUGAAGUUGAAUUAACAAACAUACAGAAAAAGUAUUAUAGAGCUAUUUUAGAGAGAAAUUUUAGUUUCUUACAAAAGGGUGCAGCUUCAGCUGCUAAUAUUCCAAAUUUAAUGAAUACUAUGAUGGAACUGCGAAAAUGUUGUAUACAUCCCUAUUUGCUAAAUGGUGCUGAGGAUCAAAUACAAUUUGAUUACAAGCAAACUAAUGGAGAGGACAAAGAAGCCUAUUAUAAAGCGCUAAUACAAUCUUCGGGUAAAAUGGUUUUAGUUGAUAAAUUGUUGCCUAAACUGAAAGCGGGGGGGCAUCGUGUAUUAAUAUUCAGUCAGAUGGUUAGAUGUUUAGAUAUAUUAGAAGAUUAUCUUGUUUUUAGAAAAUACCCUUACGAAAGAAUUGAUGGCCGUAUACGUGGUAAUUUGAGACAGGAAGCUAUCGAUCGGUUUUCUAAACCAGAUUCUGAUCGCUUCGUAUUUUUAUUGUGUACAAAAGCAGGAGGAUUAGGUAUUAACUUGACUGCCGCUGAUACUGUUAUAAUAUAUGAUAGCGAUUGGAAUCCACAAAAUGAUUUACAAGCCCAAGCUCGUUGUCAUCGUAUCGGCCAACAAAAAAUGGUAAAAAUUUAUAGAUUGAUAUGUCGUAAUACCUACGAAAGAGAGAUGUUUGAUAAAGCAUCUUUAAAACUUGGUUUGGACAAAGCUAUAUUGCAAAGCAUGAACACAGCACAAGGGAAAGAGGCUGGGCUAAAACAGUUAUCUAAAAAAGAAAUUGAAGAUUUAUUAAAGAAAGGUGCAUAUGGAGCCGUAAUGGAUGAAGAUAAUGCAGGCGAUAAAUUUUGUGAAGAAGAUAUUGAAAUGAUAUUAGCUCGUCGCACUCAAGUUAUUCAAAUGGAAUCCGAAAAAGGCUCUACAUUUUCAAAAGCCAGUUUUGCUGCUACUGACCAAAGAUCUGAUAUUGAUAUAAGAGAUCCCGAUUUUUGGAAUAAGUGGGCUAAAAAAGCUGAGAUUGAUACUACUGAGAAAAAGGAAGAUGAAGAUUUAAUAGUUACCGAACCUAGAAAAAGAACUAGUAUUAAAAGAUAUGGCCACGACGAUGGCCCUAUGGAAAUGUCCGAUAUGGAAGUUACACCAGAUUCUGAAGACGACGAAGAAGGUAUUAGUCUUAGAAGCAAGAGAAAGAAAGAUAAAAUUGGCAGAAAAGGAAGGAGAUAUGCAAGUGAUGACUAUGUUCCAAGACAUGAAGGUGUACCAGUUGAUGAAGAAGUUGUUUAUGGAUCCUGGACUAGAUCAGAAUGUUUUAAGAUAGAAAGGGGCUUACUAACUUUUGGAUGGGCGCGAUGGGAAGAAAUAAUCGACAAAAAUCAGUUCAGAAAAGGAUGGACAUUACCUGUGAUUGAAGACUGUGCUCGUAUAAUAGUUUUAUAUUGUUUACGUCACUAUAAAGGUGAUGAAAAAAUAAGAAAUUUUAUAUGGGAUUUGAUUGAGCCUUGUGAAAAUGGUGAAGUUACUAUCUCGAGAAAUCACAGUGGGCUUCAUAACCCAGUUCCUCGGGGCAGAAAUGCUAAAAAGAAGAAUCGAUUAAAAGAAGUUCCUAAAUUAAAUGAUCUUCAAAAAUGGGAAGAUCCCAAUCAUUGGAGUUCAAUAGACAAAUACGACUGUGAAGCUUACUUGGAAAGUAGUUACAAAAAACAUUUAUUUAGGCACGCCAAUAAAGUAUUGUUGAGAGUUCGAAUGAUGUACUACAUCAAACAUGAAGUUAUUGGUGACUAUGCAUCGCAAAUAGAAAAUGGAGUACAUGCAAGUUCUUUGGGAAUGCGUGUGCCGCGUGGAGUGGACAGUACUCCCCCACGCAUUUGGUGGGACUCCGAAUGCGACGUAUCAUUACUUGUCGGCACGUACAUACAUGGUUAUGAAAAUUAUCUUGCAAUGCGUUCUGAUCCACAACUUUGCUUUGUGGAUAAAUUGGGUCCACCAGAUGAUGCAGAGUGUACUGAUAUUAAGAGUGAGGAGCGUAAAGUGAGAGGCAGUGGCGUGGGCGACGAGGACUGCACGGACGACGUGUCGAGCGGCGCGGGCGCCACGUCGCCGGCUGCGUCGCCGCGGCCCGAGGAUGAGGCGGCGCGCGCGCACCCGUGGCCCUCCAUGCAGGACCUCAACACCAGGCUGCGCCGCCUCAUCACCGCCUACCAGCGCAACUACAAGCGCGAGGAGCUCAAAAUGCAACAACGAGCCAAGAUGGAGCGUAGAGAUCGAAUGGAUCAACUUUCCCGAGACGAAAUAUCUCAAUGGCGGUGGACACGAGCGGACGAAGAAGCUUUCCGGCGGACCGUCGCGUCGUAUGGUGUCGAGUUCGAUCCAGCCACAAAGAGCUUACGCUGGAAUCGGUUCCGAUCAUUAGCACGAUUGGAUUCGAAGAGCGAUGAUGCUUUGACUGAUUACUUGAAAGCAUUUAUGGCUAUGUGUAAACGGCAGUGUGGAUUAUCCGUUGGCGAAGCGGAGUUACCUACAAGAGCCGAUCUUAAAGCCGAACCUAUUGGUGAAGAAAGAGCUAUAGCCACUUUGGAAAGGAUCGACCUGCUGCGCGUGCUGCGCGAGGAGGUAGCGCCGCAGCCCGCGCUGGAGGCGCGCCUGGCGCUGGCCGAGCGCUCGCGCGACUCGCCGCCCUGGUGGCAGCCCGCGCGCCACGACAAGCUGCUCGUGCUCGCCGUCUGCAAGCAUGGACUUGGUGAUACCUUUAAUAAAAUCUUCUGUGACCCCAAAUUACCUUUUGCGGAUUGCGCAAGAAAAUGGCAAUCGCAAUAUAAACCCAGCAACAAAAAGGAGUCCGAAAAAUUGUCUUCAGAUGAAGAAGAGAAAAAUAAUUUAGAGGGCACUAAUGAGACGCGAAUGUCUCUGCGCCGUAGCAAGCGCACCUCAAAUGUCUGUGACCGCGACAAUGAAGAAGAUAUGGAUGCUUUAACUGAGUUAGAAACCUUAGCGAAAUUGGGUAGGGUGGAGGAAUCUUUAUCAACAGACCUCUGGUUUUCGGAGAGAGCAUUAGAGACAAGACUGCACCACAUUGCGCACGCCGUACAAAAUUGUGAGUGGCCAUCGACAACCAUAGCCCAAAAGAGUGGUGAAAGUAACAGUUCACAAAAUGAAGCAUUAGAUGAACGUAAGCAGAGCCAGAAACGUCACAUAGCUAUAGAUGUAGAAACGGAGCGAGCGAAAUUGCACGCUUUGCUGUCGUCACCCCAAGCCGCGCAUACUUCUAAUCGGGAGGCGCACAGGGGCAGUGGUUCGAGUGUCAGUGUGAGUGCGAGUGCGAGUGGGGGCGCCUGUGUAGGGGACCGAGACGAUGCGUCCAGUGACUCGGGCUCGCGGCGCUCGACGCCGGCACCGCCGCCGGCGCACCAGCGCGUGGCGCAGUCGCCAGCGCCCGCCGCGCACGCCGCGCCCGCCGCCUCGCCGGCGCCCAGCGCGCCCGCCGCUUCGCAGGCGCCUGUCGACCUCUCCGCCCCGCUCGAUCUCAGCGAGGCGCAGGACUUCUCUCUGGGCCGUCGCACGCCGCAAACCAGCGAGCCGCCCGCCCCCACUCCAGUUCCAGCUGCGAACACCGCAGCGGCCGCAGCCGCAACACCGCCACGCAGCAGGCUCGAUGAUACGCUCACCAGACUCAUGAAGAGGAAGAAUGUUCCUGCACCAGAACAAAUAAUUGGAAAAGAAAAGAAAAGAAAAAAGUUGGAUGAAAUUGUACUCGGUUUGUCUGCAGCGAAAGGUCAAAGUACAACUCCUUCUGCUUCACAUGAUCCAACACGCAAUAAAAACUCUUCAAUUUUACCCGAAGUAACAGUAACGCCAGCAGCGCCACCGAACACCUCUAGUAUUCCUUUAUCACAGAAACCGUUUUCUGUGACUGUUACCAAUGUUCCGUCUCCUCACGCAUCCUCCAAAGAACUUUCUUCAUUUUUACAACAGUCUCUAGAACAGACGAAAAACUCAAAAACAACUUCACCAAUACCUAUAAAAUCAUAUUCACAUGAAGCUAAAGUUAACAAAUGGUUGGCUGAACAACAAGCGAGUGCCGAUUCUCGAAGACGCGGUAUACCGCCACGACUCGCACCUGAUGAGCAUGUGCCAGUAGUUCACCGUGUAACUGGGAAAAGAAUAAUUGGCCACAAAGCCCCACAGUUAAAACAUUUAGCACAAUGGAUUGCAGAAAAUCCAAUGUAUGAUAUAGACUCCAAAUGGACAGAAGGUAUAAAAGAACAUGUAAAAUUACCUCAAGAUGUGAGAAACCAAAGACAUUCUCCAAUGCAGUCAACAAGUUCUUUAGGUGAGCGCAAAAAAGGGAGACCACCAACUUUGGACACACCAUCAUCAAAUCCUCACCUAAAUCAAAAUAUGGCUGGUUUAAAUCCAGCACUUUUAGCUAGUUUAUCUAGUUUAAGUGCGUUUGACCCGAAAACACUAGCUGCAACAUUAUCCAAUUUAACAGGAUUUGAUCCAAAACUACUUUCAAGCCUCAGUAGUUUUGAUCCUAAAAAUAAUCCAUUGCUCAACUCUUUUAGUAGUAUGCCUAAUUUGUUGGGAAAUAUAACUGGAGGUAAUAUAUUCACAAAUUUGGCGGGUUUAGGACUUCCUGGGUUCUCUUCUCUUGAUAUGAAUAAUCUGAGCGGAGCGAAUGCUUCAGGAGAUAAGACAAAAACUAGAAAACCAGCUGAAACUAAUAGUGCUUCAACUUCAAAAGCUGGAAACUCCCAGUUCCCUUUUGUAUUUCCUAAUCCGAAUAUGCUUUAUCCUCAGUUAGGCUUAGGCGGCUUGUCGCCUUUUGGAGUGCACUCUGGCAUGUCAUCAGCCUAUGAUGCUUUAGGACUUUUAAGUAGCAAUUUGGCAGCUAGCUCAAGUGCAACUACGCUGCAUAGUUCGAGUCAUAACUCUCGAACGAGUACAAAAACAACAACGCCGAGAUCAUCCACUGUAGUUACUAACUCAACAUCACGUCAGCAAAAAAUUUCAGACCGUCAGCAGUCAAGUCAUUUGCCCCAAAUAUUACUUCCUCCUGAUCCUUACCUUCUUGAAACGUUGUCAAAGCAAUCCUUAAAUUAUGAUACUGCUUUAAAAGCCGAUUCUAAAAGAACACGCGAUAACGACAUUUCUGAAAAUACAGCUACUGACUUAUCUAAAACAGAUAAAAAAAAAGGACCAUAUGAUGCAUUAAGAUCACAUGUUCCUCCGGAGUUUGCUGCUGUUCAGGAAAAACUUUUAAAAGGCGACAAGAAGGAUAUAGAUAUUAGUAAAAUGCUUUUAGAACAAAUGGCAUCUGGAGCUUUAAGCGCAAGUUUAGUUAGUUCUGCCGAAGCUAAGAAAAAUAAAGACAAUGAAAAAGAAUUAUCUGAUAAGGGUAAAGCCACAGCCGAAUAUUUAGCUAGACUAUCAAAUGAUGAAUGUGUCACAAAUCUAACUAUGGCCCAUAAAAGGACACUUGAAGAGAUUAACAAUGAGCCUGAAAAUUUAGCAUUACAAUCUUCUGCUAAAAAAACUAAAGAAAAUCCUACUUCAGACAUAGUUACUAACGUCGACAAACAAUCCGAUCAUUCUGCACACACAGGGGAAAUGGACCUUGAAGAUUUAAUUGCCCCAUCAACGGUCAUCAAAACUGGUAUGAAAGCCAGUGAUUUCGAAAUUAACAAAAUGUGUGAAUCUUCGUCACAAUUAUUGCCCGUAGGUGCAGAAAAAGAGGAGAAACCACAUUUAAAGCACAUUGGUACUUGUAAUGACAAUAAUGAUAUUGAAAGGUGUAACGACAAUUUAAUACUUGAUUGCACAAAUAAUUUAACAGACGCAGAUAAAAAGAAUGAAGCAGGAAAUGAUGAAAGUAAUUCUGAUGUGCAUUCAAAUGACAGCAUUCGAAAAGGAAACAGGAAAAAAGGCCGAAAAUCUUCUGAAGAAAAUUUUAUAUCGGGCCCACGUCGUGAACUACGGUCAAGUGCUGGCAGACUGUCAACAGAUGGUUCAAAUCAUUGA